AGCUGUCGGUUGGUGUUAUAUCUGAUGGGAACACUUUCUUGGUAACACCGGAAUCGCUCUUGGCGGCGACUGCUGGGGGAUCAUGCCUAAGUUUUACUGUGACUACUGUGAUACCUACCUGACACAUGAUUCGCCAUCGGUGAGGAAGACCCACUGCAGUGGCAGAAAGCACAAAGAGAAUGUGAAAGACUACUAUCAGAAGUGGAUGGAGGAGCAGGCUCAGAGCCUGAUCGAUAAAACAACGGCUGCUUUUCAACAGGGGAAGAUUCCCCCCACACCGUUCCCUGGUGGUCCUCCCCCAGGUGGUCCUCCAAGACCAGGCAUGCUACCUACACCCCCGAUGGGAGGUCCCCCCAUGAUGCCCAUGAUGGGGCCUCCUCCACAUGGAAUGAUGCCGGGCGGACCCGGAGGCAUGAGGCCGCCGAUGGGAGGACCCAUGCAGAUGAUGCCAGGACCACCACACAUGAUGCGUCACCCUCGACCCAUGAUGAUGCCAGUAGUCAGGCCGGGCAUGAUGCGACCAGACAGAUAAGAGCGAGCCGAGGAGUUACUCCUUUCUUUGUUGCCAUGAACAGCCGCUGUCUAGUGAGGACACUCGGUUUCACUCUUGGAUUUAUAAUUACGACUUUUUAAGAAUCUCAGAUUUCCAAUUUUUUCCACCCUGACCCACAGAUCCCCGUUAUGUCAUUCAUUUACUUUUUUUUUUUUUCCUGGAACUGUAUUUAUUACAUGUCACCUAUGUAGACUGAACGUCAUUUUCCUGGUAUAAAAGCCCCUUUUUUUUUUUU